AGCAAUCCUGCCUACAGUGAAGAACACAUUGAGUCUACGUACUAGACAAAUUUGCGCCAUGGCUUCCAGCUCUAGCUGUAGGACAUGGCAUUGCUUGCUUGCUCUCCUCCUCCUCUCCUCGGCGGCCUACGGGCAGCUCUCGCCGUCGUUCUAUGCGAAGACCUGCCCUAGGCUGGAACUGGUCGUGCGCUCCACCAUGACCAAGGCACUCCUCGCCGAUCGGCGAAUGGGGGCGUCUCUCCUCAGGCUCUACUUCCAUGACUGCUUUGUUCAAGGCUGUGACGGGUCCAUUCUCUUGGAUGACAUGGGUAACUUCGUGGGCGAGAAGACCGCCCCUCCGAACGGGAAUACGGUGAGGGGCUACGAGGUGAUCGACGAGAUCAAGAAGAACGUGGAGCUGGUCUGCCCUGGCGUCGUCUCCUGCGCCGACAUCACCGCCCUCGCAGCCAGGGACGGCGUGUUUCUGCUAGGCGGGCCCAGCUGGAAGGUGCCGCUCGGCCAGCGGGACUCGACGACGGCCAACCUGAAUGAGGCCAACAGCGACCUCUCGGUGACCAGCUUAAGCCUCGACGUGCUCAUCGCCUCGUUCGCCAAGAAGAACCUGAGCCCGCGGGACCUGACUGCGCUGUUGGGCGCGCACACCAUUGGCUUCUCGCAGUGCGUCAACUUCCGCGACCACAUCUACAACGGCACCGACAUCGACCCGGCGUUCGCAACGCUGCGCAAGCGCUCCUGCCCCGCCCAGGCCCCUAACGGCGACAGCAAUCUCGCGCCGUUAGACGUGCAGACGCAGCUCGUAUUCGACAAUGCCUACUACCACAACCUGGUAGCCAAGCGCGGCCUGCUGAGCGCCGACCAGUUGCUCUUCGGCGGCGGCUCCCAGGACGCGCUGGUGCGCCAGUACGCCGCCAACCCGAAGCUCUUCGAGUCCGACUUCGUGACGGCCAUGAUCAAGAUGGGGAGCCUCCGCCCGCCCAGCGGAACCCCCACCCAGAUUAGACGCAACUGCAGGGUGGUCAACAGCUAGCUGAUCCAUCGUCUCAUCAUAUAUAUAUAUAUAUAUACACGUACUAGCAUGCAUGCAUGCAUGGCAGAAUAAGAGAAUAAGAGCCGUUUGGUUCAGAUAAUAUAUACCUGGGGCUGGGGUUCAGAGGUGAUCCGCCACCUCCAGGAUUGUAAGAUACCUUCAUCAUGUAAUCUCCCAAGUUGCCCGUAUAU